GCUUGUUCCACACAAAAGAAUGGCUAGGGAAGAUGAGAAGAUCUUUGGUGUAUAAACUCAAAGCAAUGUCAUGUCUUGUUUCGAACCAAACAUUUCUCCUCUGUAAACCCGCCAUAAUCUUCACCGUUUCCUCUCAAAAUUUAUUAGCUAAAUCUUCCGUUUUCUCUCCCCGUACUUCCUUCUCUAAUCUUCUUUCUUCUCAGUUUGGUUUCAGAAAUUUGAAUUCGAGAAGUUUACACCGUUACUUUUCAAUGAGUACUGGUAAAGAAAUGGAAUCUAUUUCAUAUUUAUCACAGCGACAAGCAGCCGAGAUUGAUGAAACUUUAAUGGGUCCUUUGGGAUUCAGUAUCGAUCAAUUAAUGGAACUGGCUGGUUUAAGUGUUGCUUGUGCUAUUCAUGAGGUCUACAAACCCUCUGAGUAUAAUCGUGUCCUUGCUAUCUGUGGCCCGGGCAACAAUGGUGGUGAUGGACUUGUGGCUGCUCGACAUCUAUAUCACUUUGGAUAUCAACCAUCUAUAUGCUAUCCAAAACAUACACCUAAGCCUUUGUAUAAUGACCUGGUGACUCAGCUUAAAUCAUUGUCCGUUCCUUUCUUGUCGACUGAUGAUCUGCCUUCGGACUUGUCAAAUGAUUUCGACAUCAUCAUUGAUGCAAUGUUUGGAUUCUCUUUUCAUGGUACCCCAAGACCACCUUUUGAUGCUCUCAUCCAGAAGUUGAUAUCCUGUCAGAAUUAUCAUCACACUGGUGUGAAGUCAACUGUUAUUGUCUCCAUAGAUAUCCCAUCUGGGUGGCAUGUUGAAGAAGGGGAUAUAACUGGUGAAGGCAUCAAACCUGACAUGCUGAUCUCUUUAACUGCACCAAAGUUAUGCACUAAGAAAUUUGAUGGUUCACAUCACUUUAUGGGCGGAAGAUUUGUACCACCGGCUAUUCUGGACAAAUAUAAUCUUAAUCUUCCACCAUAUCCAGGCAGCUCAAUGUGUGUACGUAUUGGUAAAUCUCUUCAAGUGGACAUUGCAUCUUUAAGAGAGAACUAUAUAUCUCCAGCCCUUUUGGAGGAGCAGGUUGAGACUGACCCUUUAGAUCAGUUCCGCAAAUGGUUUGAUGAUGCAAUUGCUGCUGGGUUGAAGGAGCCAAAUGCUAUGGCAUUGUCAACUGCUGCAAGGGAUGGAAAACCUUCAUCACGAAUGGUUCUGCUGAAAGGAGUUGAUGCAAAUGGGUUUGUCUGGUUCACAAACUAUGAAAGUCGUAAAGCGCAUGAAAUAUCUGAGAAUCCACGUGCUGCCCUUCUGUUUUAUUGGGAUGGCCUUAAUCGUACGGUUAGAGUAGAAGGGUCGGUGGAAAAAGUUUCCCAUGAAGAGUCUGAACAGUAUUUUCAUAGCCGUCCUCGUGGGAGUCAAAUUGGAGCUAUUGUUAGCAAGCAGAGUUGCAUUGUUCCGGGACGACAAUAUCUCCAAGAGAAGUACAAAGAAUUGGAGGCAAUAUAUUCAGAUGAGAGUGUGAUUCCUAAGCCAAAUUACUGGGGAGGAUUUCGACUGAAACCAGAAUAUUUUGAAUUUUGGCAGGGGCAACCUUCUCGCUUGCAUGACAGGUUACGUUAUACUCCAGUGGAGGUUAACGGAAAGCAUGUGUGGAAAAUUGAUCGCUUGGCUCCAUGACUGCUACUUUCUCAAUCAGCACUCUGAAAAUUCAGAGUAGGUCCAUUAUGUCUUCAUACUUCUAUUUGAUGAUGAUUUUCUAUCCACUUUGGGAAAUUCAAUUUGCACUGCACAAUCUGAAUUCAGAACAUCAUGUGUUUUCUGAGUAAAUUAUAAGCCAACAUAAUCAUGUAAAAAUGGUUGUUCUUGACUUUGAAGUACAAACAAUAUAAAGGUUUACUCUUUAAGAACCAAGUCAGACCGUUACGGUGGGGUAGAUUCACUCCUUGUCUGCAUUCUGGCCUUGAGAGCAGGUUUAGACUACCAUUAGAGGUUGUUGAGAUCUCGUAUAACAUGGUGGGUGACGCCACUAUCAGCAACUAUGAUGAUGAAGUCGAUGGUUGAAAAUUGGUGGAAAUGGUGGUGGUGCAAGAAUGGCGACGAGCGAUACAUUUCAUGUCAUCAAUAAAUAUCACCUUUGUAUCGUGUUUGUUUAAUGUUCCCUUAACAAUUGCUACGUAAUAUACAAUGUUAAAGUUUGAGAAACAACUUGUUUCAGUUGCAAAACAAAUAUCGCUUCUAACAAUAUAAGAUUAA